AGCGGACCGCGCGCGGAUGGUCAAAUGGGUUAUACUGAUACCUUAAAAGCGUUUUCUUCAGACAUUCGCUAAUUUAAUUAUUUUUGGUUGUUAGCAUCGCGAAAAGCGACGAGAGAAAAAAUAUGGCGAGGGGUCGAGAAGCGCCCUCCCUCACUACACUCCUUUUCUAAUCUGUCUCGCGCCCUUCGUACUACUCUCCAACUAUACGGACGCCUGGAACCGGAUACUCAAAAAAUCCCCCCAAAACGAACAAACGAAAAUUUUGCCAUGUCGUGGAUGUGACAUGACGUUUGAAAAAACAUUGACAGUUUGGCCGGAGGACCCCCGGAGCAACUACUUAUUAUGUUCCGUUGACGUCUUCAUCGUUGGCCAAAGAUCAUGAUUUUCUGAGCUGAACGUGACAAAUCAAUGACUUCCGCAGUUGCUUAGUCUCUCACCAGUCUCUGACCUCCUCUACCUUUACCGGGAAGUAAUCCGCGUAACUGAUGAUUACCACUGAACGUGACAAGGAAAAACGUACUUACUGAGUGGCGUCCUUUCUGGGAAAAUAAUCACUUAAAUCUGCAUAGUCAUGGAACAUAACAUUACACUGGGGAGAAGGGAGUUUAUAACCAGGUUUUGUGCGCGUCUGAAAACUGCAUUUCUAAAUUAUUUUGCUCUAUGAGUAACUUUUGAGUAGACAAACGUUCUGUUGAUCUUUAUAAAGCAACUGUUAAAGAGCAGGAUUUAAUUUGAAAAAAUUAGCUCCCUUAAGAACUCAUGAUCAGUGUAAGUAAACAGUAUUGUUUCUUGGCAAAAGAGGAUAUUGAACGUUACGUGUUCCGCUCUGAGUCACUAAGUUUUUGUUUUUCGCCGAAAAGUGUUUGGAAAACCGUAAUUUAACCGUUUCCGUGUUGAAAUUAUAUAUAAUCCUGACUUGACCGGUUCACUUGAUCAUUCAGUAGUUCGGUUCGGUUGUGACUUGAUCAGUCAAUUCUCACCUCUUCUUUAUCCUGACUAGAAUCACUCUCUGCAAAGGCAAGUUGACAGGAAAGAUGUCCAGAAUAACGAUGCUGAAAAGCUUCCUCAAGCCACGAUUUCUCUCUCGUAUUUCGAGACGAUUUGAAUCCCAGUUACAGUUGAAACCAGUUCCCGUCUUAACGCGCCCAGAGCUGGAAAAGAAGCUCAACAUCCUCUUUUUCGCAAACAAGCAUAACAGCCUCAGCCAGAGAAUGGCUCUGGAGUUAAAGAAGAGGCAACACACUAUCACUGUGCACGAAAUCGACGAUCCACAACAGAUGAUUAGUUUGGCUUCAGAUGCACAACCUGAUCUCAUCCUUUGUCCAUUUCUCACCAAAAGAAUUCCACAAGAAAUAUUUUCCAAUUCCAACAUCCCUUGUUGGAUCGUCCAUCCUGGAAUCGAGGGCGACCGUGGUAUGAGUUCCAUAGACUGGGCCUUGUAUGAUAAAGAAGACGAGUGGGGAGUGAGCGUUCUUGAAGCGGCAUUGGAAAUGGACUCAGGAGACAUUUGGAGCUCUAAGAACUUUCCUGUUAGGCGACAAGACAUCAACACUCUGACCAAGUCGAGCUUGUACGUGAACGAAGUGACACAAACAGCUGUGAAGGCAGUGUUAGAAGCCAUUGACAAUCUCUUAGACGGAACAGCACCCAGACCUCUUGAUUACAACAAUCCACAUGUGAGAGGAACUUGCCGACCAAACAUGACCAAGACUGACCGCACUAUCAACUGGGAAAUGCCAGCAGACGAAGUAGCUUGUCAGAUUCGCAUGUCUGAUUCAGCGCCAGGAACCACCGGCUACUUUCGAACUAAAGAGGGUGCUGAAGACUGGGGAUGGACCAAGGCGUUUCGUGUCUUUGGAGCACACCUGGAGAAAGGAAGAACCAAAUUUCUGUCUGGGAAACCUGGUGAAAUAUUGGGCCAACGUCACGGAUCUGUCCUAGUCAAGUGCGGCAGGGGAGCCGUUUGGGUGUCACAUCUGAAGAGAGAUAAGCUGAAACUUCCCGCCACCAUGUGGAUAAAAACCAAUGCACCAACCUUAGCAGACCCCACUCUGUCAGUCCCGCAUGGCUUCCACCCCAACACAAGUCAGGACAUCUGGACAAGCAUGACUCCAGACGGCGUCUGCUUCGUACACUUUGAUUUUUACAACGGAGCCAUGAGUACCAGCCAGUGUCAGCGUCUGAUCUCCGUUCUGCGUAAGGUGGAAGAAGAUGACUUUUGCAAAGUGAUGGUCCUCAUGGGCGGCAAUGACAUGUUCAGUAAUGGCAUCCACUUAAAUGUCAUCGAAGCAGCACAAGACCCAGCACAAGAAUCGUGGAAGAACAUCAAUGCCAUCAACGAUGUCGUGCGUUGCAUUUUCACCAGCAAAAAGAUCACGUUCUCGGCCUUACGUGGGAAUGCUGGCGCUGGUGGAGCCAUGAUGGCUCUAGCCAGUGACUUUGCCUUUGCACGUGAAGGAGUGGUGCUGAAUCCUCACUACAAGCUAAUGAAGCUUUACGGUUCGGAGUACCACACCUACUUCCUUCCGAAGCGUGUUGGCCAGGAAAAGGCGAGCGAGUUGUUGUCCAAUGCUGAACCUAUUCUGGCCUCAGAAGCCGCUGAAAUUGGUUUCCUGGACGGCUGCGUGGGAGAGAGCGCAGAAGAGUUUGAAGGCUGGAUUAAAGAGCAGGCUUCAUACCUUGUCCGUCCAAGUUUACAGAAGCACUUUGUUCGAGAAAAGAACAGAAAAGCAAGCAAGGAAGUGUUGUGGAAGAUAGAAGAGUGUCGCUCAAAUGAACUGGAAAUAAUGGCCAGAAACUUUGAGGAUCCCCAGUACCACCACGCCAGGAAGAACUUUGUGUAUCAUUAAAACAAAUUGACCAAAAUGAGUUAACAUUACUGAUUAGUGAGUGCUUGCCAGGCCAGUGCCAAUAGCUGUUCAAUGACGGAAUAAUAUAUUUUAAUUAUACUUUACUUAAGAGGGAAAACUGAGGUUUUCUGCUUCUUUGUCGACAGGAUCCCCAAGUCGAUCUUUUUAUCAUUGUGUGCAUUUUAAUUGAUACAUUCUGAUUAUUGAAGAAGCUGAAUGUUUUAUUAC